AUGGCUCAUGAAAUUGCUCCAGUGUCGCAAUUCGACCCGCAUGGGACGGCAGCGAGUACGCAGUGGCGUAAAUGGAUCCGUGGGUUUGAGCUGUACGUUGCGGGGAAAGGAAUUACUGAUGUGGGGCAAAAAAGGGCUCUGUUGUUGCACAGUGCAGGGCCAGCAGUGCAAGACAUUUUCUUCACGCUAGAACUACAACAGGGAGCUGAUGAGUAUGAGCAAACAAAGAAAACGCUUGAUAAUCAUUUUAAGAGACAGGUGAAUGUGCCUUAUGAGAGAUAUUGCUUUCGGCAACUGAAGCAAGAUGCCAAUGAAACUGUAGAUGAGUUUGUUGUGAGGUUGAGGCAGCAGGCAAUGUUGUGCGAGUUCCAUGAUUCGGACGAACAAAUCAGGGAUCAAGUGGUGGAAAAAUGCAGUUCACAUAAACUCAGAACAAAAUUAUUGGAGAGAGGUGCUGGUUUAUCUCUACGAGAGUUAAGAGUGAUUGCAUCUACAUUUGAAGCAACCCAGACGCAAAGCCAACACAUGAUGGAUCGCAGUACCAGUAGAGCAUCAGCUGAGGUCCGGGCUGUUCAGGCUGGAGGUCUAGGUCGGGCGCGACAUGCUGCAAGUGAUCGUCCAUCGAGUAAGACGGGGAAGUCAUGUUACCGAUGCGGGAAAACAGGACACUUCGCGAAAGACGACAAUUGCCCAGCGAGGAAACAGCAAUGCAAUAAAUGUGGUAAAACUGGACAUUUCGCUAUUUGCUGUAAGUCAGUUGCAGAUACGGAAGCACAAGAUAGAAGGAAGAAUGAUGGGAAAACUGGACAUUUCAAGAAGAAAUCAAAGAAAUCUAAAGGACACAUUCGUAAUGUUGAAAAGAAACAGUGUUCCUGUAAUCAUGGUACAUGUAACAAUACUGGUAGGUCAAGGAAUGAGGAAGAUUCUGAUGAUGUUUAUGCAUUUUAUGUCAAUAGUAUCAAUGCAAGUAAAUGUGCAAAGGUAGAUGUAAACAUUGGAGGUGUUGUGGUCAAGAAUAUGAUUAUUGACAGUGGGACAGAGGUGAAUAUCAUUGAUUCUGGUACAUGGGAGAAUAUGAAAAAAAAUAAUGUUGAAUGUAGAUCGGAAUUAACCUCUCAAAAGUUAUAUGCCUAUGGUUCAGAGGUGCCCUUGAAGUUAAAAGGGAAGUUCGUAGCUAAUGUCGCUGUUACAGGUAUGGAGGUGCAUGACACAAACUUCUAUGUGUUAGAUGGUACAGGUCAUUGUUUGCUUAGCAAGCAAACAGCAGAAAAGCUGGGUAUUCUCAAAUUUCAGAUACCAAGUCAGAAUGUUGGUAUGGUAGAACUUGAUAAUUAUGGUAACCUGUUUGAGGGAAUAGGUAAGUUGAAGGAAUACAAGCUGCACCUACACAUAGAUACAGAAGUAGAACCUGUGACACAGAACAUGUAUCGUAUUCCCUACAGUCUUAGAGACAAAGUGAGUGAGAAGUUAGACGAGUUAGAGUCUCUUGAUAUUAUUGAGAGAGUAGAGAGCCCGAGUGAGUGGGUGAGUCCGGUCAUAGUAGUACCCAAGCCAAAUGGAGAUAUUCGUCUCUGCGUGGAUAUGCGGCAGGCGAAUUGCGCAAUCCAGAGGGAACGUCACCCGAUUCCUACAGUAGAUGAGGUUCUUUAUCAGAUGAAUGGUAGUACAGUCUUUUCGAAGUUAGAUCUGAAAUAUGGGUAUCACCAGAUAGAGCUUGAUAGUCAGUCACGUGAGAUAACUACAUUUGUCACACAUAAAGGGCUAUAUAGAUACAAGAGGUUGAUGUUUGGCAUCAAUGCUGCUCCUGAGAAGUAUCAGAAUGUUAUGAGUCAUGUGCUGAGCGGUUGUGAUGGCGUGGCCAAUAUCUCAGAUGAUAUAGUCGUGUAUGGUCGCACCAGAGAAGAGCAUGAUUUGAGGCUUCAUCAGGUAUUGUCACGGCUGAGAGAGAAGAAUUUGACCUUGAAUAAGGAAAAGUGUACAUUUGGGUCGGAGAGGAUUACCUUCAUGGGUCACACUCUGAGUGCUAAGGGAGUCCAGCCAACCCAUGACAGAGUUGACGCAUUGAGGAAUGCCGGAAAGCCGAAGACGUCUGCUGAGGUUCGAAGUUUUCUUGGGCUAGUGAACUUUUCUGCUAGAUACAUUGCUAACUUGGCAACAAUUGCUGAGCCUUUGCGCAGAUUAGUCAGGAAGAAUGAGCCUUUUGUUUGGGGACCAGAACAAGAUGAGAGCUUCACUCAGUUGACCAUGGCCUUGACUGAGGGAGAGGCAUUAGGCUAUUUCCGACUUGAUGGGGACAAUACUCAGUUGGUGACGGAUGCCAGUAACGUUGGUCUUGGGGCCGUGUUGUUGCAAACCUAUCAAAAUGAAACUCGAGUCAUCAGUUACGCAAGUAGAUCCCUCACGGAUGCUGAGAAACGGUAUUCUACUACCGAGAAGGAGGCUCUUGGAGUUGUCUGGGCAUGCCAGAAAUUUCAUAACUACCUGUAUGGAGUACACUUUGAGCUGUUAACGGAUCACAAACCUUUGGAAGUUCUGUAUGGACCGAAGUCUCGACCUAACGCUAGGAUUGAACGUUGGGUUACGAAGUUGAUGUCUUACACGUUCUCUGUGAAGUAUUUGCCUGGUAGACAGAAUAUUGCUGACAUUUUGUCGCGGCAACCUGUGAUGUCACAGGGUGACGAAUCUAGAAUUUCUAGUCUUCAAAGAGAUGCAGACAUGUACGUCAGAUGGCUGGCAGAGGAAGCUACACCCAAUGCUUUGUCAACUCGGGAAGUUGAAGAAGCCUCCAAGGACGAUGAGGAACUGAAGUUGGUCCGAGAAAGCUUGGAGAACAAUGAGUGGGGAAAAGAAGUGGUUCCAUUUGCUGCGUUCAGGAAUGAAUUCAGUUGCAUAGGAUACCUCUUGCUCAGAGGAACCAGGAUUGUCAUUCCGAAGAAGUUACGUAAGCAGUGCGUAGCUUUAGCACACCAAGGUCACUUAGGCGUGGUAGGGACGAAGCAAAGGCUUCGUACAAAGGUUUGGUGGCCACAGAUGGAGAAGGAAGUAGAACGCUAUGUCAAGGCAUGCCAUGGAUGCCAAAUAACAGCAGCGAUGCCUUCUCCAGAGCCACUUUGCCCUACGCCAUUGCCAACGGGACCUUGGCAAGCUGUUGCUAUUGAUCUGUUGGGUCCGUUGCCAUCGAAGGAUUAUAUCUUUGUUGUGGUGGACUAUUAUAGUCGCUAUUAUGAGAUUGAUAUCAUGAAAGAUACCUCAAGUGAUAGGAUCAUUGAGUCGUUAGAGAAGAUGUUCUUACAGCAUGGUCUCCCUAUCAGUAUCACUUCUGACAAUGGACCUCAGUUCAUUUCCCAGAAGUUCGAAGAAUUUCUCUGCAAGAAUGGAGUAGAGCAUAGGAAGGUUACGCCUCUACAUCCAGCAGCUAACGGAGAAGUUGAGAGGCAGAAUAGGUCAAUCAUGAAGAGAGUUCGCAUUGCACAAGCUGAGAAAAAGGACUGGAAAAGAGAGGUCAGACAGUACAUGUUCGCGUACCGCACUACACCACAUAGUGUAACUGGAGUUACACCAGCGGAAAUGAUGUUUCAGCGUAAAUUGAGAACCAGACUACCUGAAAUGGAAGAGAAAGUGAGGUUGGAUGAAGAAGUCAGAGACAGGGAUGCAACAGGAAAGCAAAAGAAUAAAGUGUACAUUGACCAGAAGAGAGGUGCAAAAGAGAGAGAAUUUCAUGUGGGAGAAGAAGUGUUGUUGAAACAGACAAAGAUUGACAAAACUAGUACACCAUUCCACACAGAACCGUACAAACUGAUAGAGAAAAGUGGGAACAGUGUAGUGGUAGAAUCCUCAGAGGGGGUAAGGUACAAAAGGAACAGCACGCACAUUCAAAAAUACAACAGACCUGAUUCAGAGAAAGAUGAACAUGAAGACAACUCAAAAACACCAACAGAAAUGACACAAGACAAAGAAGUAGGUAAUGCUUCUGUAGCUAUCAGUAGGCCAGUGCGAGAGAAAAGGUGCCCCAAAAGGCUAGAUGAUUUUGUGUUAUACCGUUAA